GUAAGUUAGGUCACUCCCAGACAGGAGGCCCGUUUGCACGGCGAUGCUGGUUUCGUCGCUUUGUAAGCCGCAAGUCGCGCUCCAUUCCAGCCUAGCGAAACGAAACCGAGACCCACACCACUGCACAAGCCUCUUCUCGAACUACCGCGCACAGUGAGCUCCAGGCAAGAACAUAAGUCAUGAAGAGCCCUAGCAUUUCCGCCAAGAAGCGUCACGGCGGCGCGGCGUUCGCGCUCAGGUGCGGCUGCAAGGACGCGAAGAGCGUGUCGGUGUCCGCGUCCGCUUCGCCGACCGCCACAGGGACGACGUCGACGACGGCGACGCGUCGCAGGGGCGCUGGGUUGAAUCCGUGGGCAUCCACGACGACGGGCACCCUGACCCUGACGUCUGCCUCGUCGUCCACCCUUUGGGAGGAUGCCGUGGCGGAGCUAGGCUACAAGGGCGGUGACUGCCGGCUGCAGGAGAGCUCCGUCGCCACGCCGAGCUUCUCCGGCCUGCUGCGCGAGCUCAGCGAGCUGGAGCAGAGCGUCGCGUCGUGGGGAAAGCGGAAGCGCCACAACGAGGAGAAGCUCUCGCCGUCUCCGCCGCUGGAGCACAGGAAAGCGAAGGGCGACUUCAGGGCCGCCAAAGAAGACCGCUUCGGCGACGGCGGCGUGGGGCUCGAAGGGAGCGUGGCGGUGGUCAAGCAGUCGGACGACCCGCUCGGCGACUUCCGGCGGUCGAUGCUGCAGAUGAUCGUGGAGAACGGGAUCGUCUCCGGUGAGGACCUGCGCGAGAUGCUCCGCCGCUUCCUCACCCUCAACGCGCCGCACCACCACGACGUCAUCCUCCGGGCCUUCGCCGAGAUCUGGGGCGACGUCUUCAUUGCCGCCUCGCUCGACGCCAAUCCCGGUCGGGCCCCCGUUUCCCGCCGCGAACCGGGCAGGUCGCCCGUGCCGAGGACACCGCCACGCCACCGCCGCUCGCCACCGGCAUGGCGCGCGUAAGCCAGAAAGGACGUGAAAGGCGCUACUUUUUUUAGUUUUGGAAUUCGGAUCGACGGGGACGGACGCCAUGGACGGGAACGAGGCGGGUCCAUCCUGCACGCGCGCGUGGGGGUGAGAAGGGUGGUUGGCGCGCGCGGGUGGCAACUGGCAACAGAACGAGGAGAGCAUGCGGUGUCAAGCCGCCGAUGCGUCCGGGCUGCCGUGGGCCGUGGCAACCAACACACACCAUGAUCAACACGGCACCUUUGAAGGUGUCCCUUUCUGCCACCACAGGAUGAUUUCCCAAUUGCCCGUCCCCCCCGGGCCCUAGCUCCUGUCAGUUCCAAAACUACAACUGUGCCCAACACCGGUCUAGCUCGUGCAUACUCACACGGUCACUCACCAAGUAGCACUAAACUUCAAAGUACGUUGCUGCCAAGCACUCCAACUUGUGUUGAAUGUACUUAAUCAGCAUACUUAUCUGCUGUAGCAAAGCAAUCAUCCGGCC